UUCUCGAAAGGGAUAGUCUGUAUUUGUGUUUGAGUUGUGUGACUUGUGUCUGAGAGAGAGAGAGAGAAAAGCAGCUUUGGUUUUUGAAGAAUAAUAAUAAAGCUCCUUGACAACCCUCUUUUCUGGGAAAGUUUUUGUUUGCUCAUUUUCCUGGAAAAACUUACCAAAAUAACUAGACCCGACCCAUUGACUUGAAACUUGUAUCUCGGGCAUCUGUCUUUCAUGUUUGGAAUGUGGUUGAUGGAGCUGUUGACAAUUGUUUAUAGAAUUUCCUGAGUAAUAAGAUGGCAACAGGAGUGAUUAUUAGUACCUCACCAAUUCCAGCAUCGGACUUAUUCUCCCAGACUGUCCUUGCAAUAAUUGAUACUGUAAAUGCAGCCAAGGGUGUUCUCAUUCAGAAGGAAAAUUUCAAGAAAUUCUCAACAUACUUGGAGAUAUUAAAAGAGCUAUUGGAGCAAAAUGUAGACCAUUCCAAGAGCUUAGAAAAUGCUCUGCAAACUAUCAACCGAGAGAUUAAAGUUGCUAAGCAUCUAGCACUUGAAUGCCGUAAAAGAAAUAAGAUAUAUAUCCUAAUCACUUGCCGGAAGAUUGUUAAGCUUUUAGAGAGCAGUACUAAAGAGAUUGGUAGGGCGCUAAGCCUCAUUCCUUUGACGUCUUUGGAUGUUUCAUUGGAUAUUAAAAACCAGGUUAUCAAGCUCUCUAAGGAUAUGCUAGAUGCAGUGUAUUGGGUAACUGCAGCGGAGGAUGAAGUUAUAAAAAAGAUUGAGUUAGGAAUACAAGGGAGGAACUUUGAUCGGUCAUGUGCAAAUCAAUUGUUAGUUCAUAUUGCUGAGGCUAUUGGGAUAUCCCCAGAGCAGCCUGAAUUGAAGAAAGAAUUUGAAGAAUUCAAAAGGGAAGUUGAAGAUGCAACGCUGAGAAAAGACUUGGCAGAAGAUGUUCAAAUGGAACAAAUCAUUACAUUGCUUAAAAAGGCUGAUGCCACAACAUCUCUUGAUGAAAAAGAAAAGAAAUAUUUUGAAAAGCGAAAUGCUUUAGGUAGGCAACCAUUGGAACCUCUCCAGUCUUUUUAUUGCCCCAUCACUCAGGCUGUUAUGGUUGACCCUGUGGAAACUACCUCAGGUCGGACAUUCGAAAGGAGUGCCAUAGAGAAGUGCUUUGCUGAAGGGAACAAUCUUUGUCCCUUGACCAUGGUUCCCUUGAACACUUCAGUUAUCCGGCCCAACAAAACUCUUCGACAAUCAAUUGAAGAAUGGAAGGAAAGGAAUACCAUCAUUAACAUUGUCUCUAUUAAACCCAGACUCCAGUCAAGUGAAGAGACAGAAAUGCUUCAGUCAUUAAGCAAACUGCAGGAUAUAUGUACAGAAAGAGAGUUGCAUCGGGAAUGGAUGACAAUGGAGGACUACAUUCCAGUUCUAGUUGGACUUCUCAGUGCAAAAAAUCGUGAAAUAAGAAAGCACGCUCUGUUCAUCUUAUUUAUGCUUGCAAAGGACAGUGAUGACAAUAAGGAAAGAAUCUCGAACGUGGAUAAUGCACUUGAAUCCAUUGUUCGCUCACUAGCACGCCAAAUUGAUGAAGGCAAGUUAGCAUUGCAGUUGUUACUUGAACUGUCCAGAAGUAAUGUGGUACGAGAUUCAAUUGGAUCAGUUCACGGCUGCAUACUUCUCCUGGUGACCAUGUUAAGUAGUGAUGAUAUUCAAGCUGCCAAAGAUGCCCAAGAGCUUCUGGAGAAUUUGUCUUUCCUUGAUCAGAAUGUUAUAGAGAUGGCCAAAGCAAAUCAUUUUAAACCUUUGUUACAGCUUCUUUCUUCAGGACGUGAGAAUGUUAGAUUGGUCAUGGCUGAAACUUUUUCAGAAAUUGAAUUGACCGAUCUCAAUAAAUUGUCCAUAGUUAAAGAUGGGGCAUUGAGCCCCCUUCUUCAAAUGCUUUCACAUGGUGACUUAGAGAUGAAGAAAGUGGCUGUUAAAGCUCUUCUGCAGGUCUCAGACUUGCCACAAAAUGGCCUCCAGAUGAUCAAAGAAGGUGCAGUUGGGCCACUAUUUGAACUUCUGUAUCGUCAUAGUUUAUCAUCACCACCUCUACGUGAGCAGGUAGCCGCCACAAUCAUGCACCUCGCAAUAUCAACCACUCUCCAAGAAGCUGAUCAGGAGCAGAUUUUGUUGUUAGAAUCUGAGGAAGAUAUUUUUAAGCUCUUUUCACUUGUAUCAUUAACAGGACCAGACAUACAAAGAAGCAUUCUCCAUACCUUUCAAGCACUGUGCCAUUCUCCUAAUGGUUUAGACAUCAGGAUGAAGUUGAGGCAGCUCUCUGCAGUUCAAGUAUUGGUUCAGUUAUGUGAGGUGGAUAACCAUACUAUACGGGAAAAUGCUGUAAAGUUGUUCCAUUGCUUGAUAGAAGAUGGAGAUAAAGACACCUUUUUGGAACAUGUGGGUCAGAGAUGCAUUGAGACAUUGCUCAGGAUAAUCAAAACUCCCAAUGAUGUAGAAGAGAUUGCUGCUGCAAUGGGUAUUAUCUCUAAACUUCCUAUGGACCGACAGCUCAAUCAGUGGCUUAUAGAAGCUGAGGCAGUUCAGACCAUAUAUGCGUGUCUGACUGAUGCAAAUAAAAAUGCCUUACACAAGAGGCAGGUAAUAGAGAAUGCUGUUGGAGCUCUCUGUCGUUUUACUGUCUCAACAAAUCAAGAAUGGCAGAAGAUAGUAGCUGAAGCUGGCCUUAUCCCUGUGCUGGUACAUAUGCUGGUUUCUGGAACUGCUUUGACAAAACAAAAUGCGGCCAUUUCACUUAAGCAGUUUUCAGAAAGUUCAGUUAGCUUGAGCAAGCCAAUGAAGAAGCGUGGGAUUUUCCAGUGUUGCUUGGCUGCACCCGAAACUGGCUGUCCUGUACAUUUAGGAAUCUGUACAGUUGAGUCUUCAUUUUGCAUUUUACAGGCCAAUGCUCUGGAACCUCUAGUGAGGAUGCUUGGGGAGCCUGAUCUCGGACCCUGUGAGGCUUCCUUAGACGCACUGUUGACACUGAUAGAUGAUGAAAGGUUGCAGAGUGGCAGUAAAGUGCUAGCUGAAGCAGAUGCCAUUGUUCCAAUUAUAAAAUUAUUGAGUUCACCUUCUGAAAAAUUGCAGGAGAAAUCCCUUACUGCUUUAGAAAGAAUUUUUCGGCUGGUGGAGUUCAAGCUAAAAUAUGGAACUUCAGCACAAAUCCCAUUGGUAGAAAUAGCUCAGAGGAAAAAUAGUCAUAUGAAAUCUCUGGCUGCCAGGGUACUUGCUCAGUUGAAUGUGCUUGGUCAACAGUCAUCAUUUUUUUGAUUUAUGACAUUAUUCAUUUUGAUUAUACAUGAAUCAUGUUGAUCAAUAAUCCGUAGGUUGUAAUAUAAGAUGGGAGGAAUACAGCAUAAGAUACGGUGAAGUCUUUUUCUUGAGAUUUCAAUGAGAAUUUUCCUCAACAGUUACAGAAAA